UCUCUGUUAUCAGAAAGCAAUUCUCCUCUCAAGGUUGCUGUAUGGAUUUCACAAAGCGCUUGAUUCCCGGCAACAUGAUGCAACAGAUGUAAAUUUCCCCUUUUGUACUGGGUUUCUGCGCACAAUUGCCCAACGCUCUUCAGCCUCCAUCCAGGCCAGCAAGAGACAUUCUAUCGGAGCUCAGGGACACCUUUCAGCCUAGGGACCACUUGAGAGCUACUCCCUUCGUUGAAGUGCGGCCCAGUUUCUGCCUCCCUAUCCUCCAUCUUCUUCCAAAGGCAGCGCAAUGGCAUCAGAGGCACAACCUGCACCCUCUCUUCUUAGGGAUGGAGUGGAAAGAGGGGCCAAGCAGCGCCCACAGGGUCUAGUCACCUUUGAGGAGGUGGCUGUGCGUUUCACAGAGGAAGAGUGUGCUCUGCUGGAUCCAAGCCAAAGAGCUCUGAACAGGGAAGUCAUGGAGGAGAAUUACGAGGCAGUGACCUCUCUGGAAUCAGACCUCAAUUCGUACUGGGAAGAAAAGCAAGAGCAGCUUCUCCAAGAUGACAAAGAAGGGGAGACAUCAGCAGGCAGUGGGCAGAACAAUGAGAAUUGCGGGGAGACAUCCGCCGUGGUGUCGUCAGAAAACUCAGAACACGAAGCAUCAAAAGAAAUGUCUGUAAAUCAAAUAGAAACCCCAGAUCAUGAAAGAAACAAGUCAAAGAAAGCAAAAAAGAAAUCCACAGCUUCUCAGGACAUUGAUGUCCCUGAACCCCUCAUCUCAAAGAAAGAUCACACAGAAAACAAAUGUACAGAGUGUGGUGAAAUAUUUAGAUAUAGAUCACAAUUAAAAAUGCAUUACCGAACUCAUGGGAUUCAUACAGGGGUGAAACCAUUUAAAUGUACGGUGUGUGGAAAGAGCUUCAGCCAUAGUGGAAGCCUUAGCAUGCAUCAUAGAAUCCACACAGGGGAGAAACCAUUCGAAUGUACCGAGUGUGGAAAAAGUUUCACUGGACGUGGUGACCUUUCUAAGCAUCAGAGAAUCCACACAAGGGAGAAACCGUUCAGGUGCAUGGAGUGUGGAAAAUGCUUUAGUCAGAGCGCUCACCUUACUUUACAUGAAAGAACACAUACAGGGGAGAAACCGUUUCAGUGUAUGGAGUGUGGAAAAGGUUUCACUGGAAGCGGUGACCUUUCUAAGCAUCUCAGAAUCCACACAAGGGAGAAACCCUUCAAAUGCAUGGAGUGUGGAAAGGGCUUUACUCAAAGAGCUCACCUUACUUUUCAUCAAAGAACAUACACAGGGGAGAAACAAUUCAAAUCUUUGGAGUGUGGAAAGAGCUCCAGUGGGAGUGGUGACCUUGCUCAGCAUCAAACAACACACACAGGGGAGAAACAGUUUAAGUGUCCAGAGUGCGGAAAGAGUUUCAGUGGGGGUGAUGGCCUUAUCAAGCAUCAAAAAAUCCACACAAAGGAAAAACCGUUCCUAUGCAAGGAGUGUGGAAAACGCUUUAGUCAGAAUGCUCACCUUACUUUACAUCAAAGAACACACACAGGGGAGAAACCAUUUAAAUGUACGGAGUGUGGAAAAAGCUUCUGUGGGUCUGGUGACCUUACUAAGCAUAAAAGAAUCCACACAAGGGAAAAACCGUUCCUAUGCAAGGAGUGUGGAAAGAGCUUUAGUCAAAGUGCUCACCUUACUUUACAUCAAAGAACACACACAGGGGAGAAACCGUUUAAAUGUACAGAGUGCGGAAAGAGCUUCAGUGGGAAUGGUGACCUUACUAAGCAUCAAAGAAUCCACACAAAGAAGAAAUCAUAAAAAACAUAGAACCACCUCUUUUUCUAUCUUGGGCUGCAGCUCCUUCUUUACAUUAUUUAUUUUGUUGUUGCCAGGUUUGGCACUGCUUUCCUUUGGGGUGAAGACAGAGGCAAAGUUGGCGUUGAGCAGUUCUGCCUCCCUUAGUCAAUAGUAUUUCUCAGUCUUCUUCACAGAGAGGACUUACCACUUACUUGUUCUUCCUCUCGCUUUGAACAUAGCUGAAGAAACCUUUAUUAUUAUGUUUAGCUCUUUUGCAAGCCUGAGCUUUAGCCCGCCUGACAUUCACCCUUCAACUUCCAUUUCUUAUACAUGCCCUUGUUAAUUCUCAGCUGAUCUCUAAGCCAUACCAUGUUCCUGUCUCGUUUGGAUUGUCUGCAUUUGGGCAUUCAGUAUUUCACCUUUAAGAAACUCCCAUCCACUUUAGACUCCCUCCCUCUUGGCGCUCCUUAAGCUUUUUGAAAUUGGCCUUAAAGCCCAGAGUGCAUGUCUGACUACACUCAGCUUUUCCUUGCUUGUGUAUCAUAAAACCCAGGAGGACAUGAUCACUUCCUCCCAAGUUUCCCAGUACUUCAACCAGUUCCUCUCUGUUGGUGAGCAUCAGGUCCAAGAUAAACGAUCUCUUUGUUGUUCCUUCCAUCUUCUGGGAAAUGAAAUAGCAAGGCAAUGGGUGAAUUCUUGGAAGAAUUUGAGUUCCAACAGAGUUUGGGGUAGCUCAAGUCUCCGAUGACUACGAUAUCUCCUUUUUAAAUGUUUGGUCAUCUGUUCUCGGAAGGCAUCAUCCUAUUUUUCAGUUUCUUCUACGCGGUUGUUUCUCUCUAAAUACAGUUGCAAUUGAAAUUAUUCAACCUCCAUUGUAAAACGGGUUCAUUAUCAAAAUUUACAGACUUUCAGCUGUUUGCCAUGAGCAAAUCAAAGAAAGGCAAUUGAAAAAACUCAACACAACGGAUGUUUCCAAUGGUUUCCCCAAAUUCCGCUGACAAUGCAACUUACACUGGCUUUUGCAGUCUCACUAUUAUUCAAACACUUAAUGUCAAUGAUCUUUAGCACUUAGCAGAGCAGCUUUUGGCUCCUAUGACCUGCUGCAAAUGAGAUGCGUAGCCAGACAGCAGCUUCUGGCAGCUGAAGAAUCAUGAGCAAUGGCCUCCAGUUCAGUAAUAUUCUUGGGUUUGCAUGCCUCAACCGCCCUUUUCAGAUCCCACCAGAGGUUUUCUAUGGAGUUCAAGUCAGGUGACUGUGAUGGCCACCUUCCAGGACUUCUGCAACCAAAGUCUUGGUGGGAUUUUGCUUAAGCCAAACCCUUCCUGACGGCACUGCUUGCACGGCCAGUGGUUUAUUUCCAGUAUUUUCCUCUCUCUCCCUGGGCUAUAGCCCUCAAUAGGAAGAAAUUAUGAACACACCACCUGUGCCCAAAAACCUUUCAGCUUCCUGCCCAGAGUCCCUUGUUAAAUGUUGAAGGCUGUGUGUUGCGAAUAAGAAGGAACGGGUAGUUGACCAGUGGGCUUUAUAAGACUUGGCAACUUCUCUGCCAAAUCUUGAAUUUAUGCACCUGGAAGACGAACACAGCUCCCGGGACAUUCUGUUUCCUCCGCACACUGCUGCCUCUGUCCACCUCAGUGGGGAGACAACAGCAGUGUCUCUUUCACCUCUGCGGAGUGGCAAAAUUUUUGUAUUCACUGUGGCUGCUCACACAUCAACAAAAACAAGCGGCUUUAAUGUUUGAUGUUGAGAAAGUAUUUGAUAAGGUUUCCUGGGAUUUGUUGUUUAAAGUUUUAGAAUAUAUGAGUUGUCAGAGCAUCCACAAUCAGUAGCCUUCGAUCUGAAGGGUUUAGAUCCAGAAUGAAAAAUGACUCUAAGUCAAUCUCCUCUGGUGUGUGUGUGUGUGUGGCAGAAAUCAUUCUGGGCACUAUACCUUUCGAAGCCACCUUGGUGUAUUCUGAGGUCAGCAACUGCUGUCCUAGCUCCUCCGGCCCAGAAACUGUGUCCAAAGUGAGGGCGUGGAAUUGAUUUUGCAGCUCCAAUGACUCGGCCUGGCUCCUGACAGUCCUCCUUCUGUGCCACGUACCUCCAGGCAUCUUGUCUCCUGCUAUGGGUGAUCUUCCACCUCUGUAGGGGCACCAAUCCAAGUUGGUGUUCCAGCACAGUCCACUCAGCUGUCAAGGGACACCACAUCUUGCCCCAAAGCUCGAAGUCUGGCAACUAGGUGGACCUCAAGUUGCUGUACCUUCUCUUCCAGCAAGGUGCCACAGGUGUGCUUUUGCACAUUCUCCGGCAGGAAGAUAAACGUGGCACAGGUCUGGCAAGUCCUUGCAGCAGCUCCCUCGCGUUCCUAUGCCCCUGAGGCAGCACUGCAAGCCUCGCCACCAAAUACCCUCACAAAUUCCCCUGUUCACAAGGUCCUGGAAGCUGCAAUCAGCUAAGUAUAUCUGCUGAUGGUUUCCAACUCCUAACUUCCUCUCGGCAGUAGCUUCUACCCCUCAGACUGUGGGCUCUAGCGGAGCACACAGCCACAAACCAGCUUACCAUCAAGCCUCCAAACAGCUCAAACAACCAUCUGUUUUGUUUUGUUUCGUUAACCUAUUUUAUUAAAGA